AUGAGUACGCAGGACGACGUGCCGGAGAUCGUAGCAGAGUUUCCAGCGCCUCCAAACUACUUUGUACUAUAUACGGAAGGUGUAGAGUACGGUCCUGAACCACCACAACCUAUGAAACCAAUGUAUCAUAUGUUUGGAUCGCCCUACAGUACACAGGACGUAGUACCCGACUUGCUACAGCCAGGAAAGAAAUUGUACGCGUCGGAGGGUAAUAAUGAGAACGUGUCGGUAGAUUAUAAAGCACAAAUGAAGAAGAUCAAUCACUCGCUACUCGCCAAUUUUGUAGAGCUCGUGGAUAUUCUCAUUAAGAAGCCGUCCAUGUUCAAUGAAAAACUGGAUGAGGUAGAGCAGCUGUUCCUUAACAUGCACAACCUCAUUAACGCCUUUCGGCCGCACCAAGCGCGCGAGACUGUGAUCCAGAUGCUCAAGACACAGAUACAGGAACGGAGAAAUGCUGUGCGCGAUAUUCGCCGCACAAUUGAUGAGUCGAGGCAAGCAGUAGAGCGCGUGCAUGGCGAGCUGCACGAAUCAACGGAUGACGCAGCUGCCACGGACCGAGUCUCUGCUGCUGCUGGAAUUGAUGACGACGUCAAGAUGAAAAGUGUUGACAGAUUGGCUAUCGCAGGAAACAGAGGAGAUCGUAUAAACGCAUGUGGGACCGUUGGUGCAGCGACGUCCACACCUUUACAACAGGAGCAGACAAUUAAUACUUGCAAGGCACGAAAAAUGCAAGAGCAGUUCUUUUCAGCGCUAGAAGCUGCGAUGAACUAA